ACGGAAGUAGCAAAGUGCGCAAGAGCAUCUUUCGAGGAAAACAAAGUGAUAGGUGGUUUUGGGACCUUUGCCGAUGGUUUCCUUAAUAACACAGACAUGAGAUGAAGAGGAUAAGCUUUAGAAGCUCAAAGAAUUCCACGGACAGGUCUCCGACAGAUAUCCUAGCGCCGAUCGCGACGAAUACUGCGUCUGAACGGAGAGAACCCCCCAAUGUCCGCUCUGCCCCCUGCUCGCCAAGGUGCCAGACGGGGAGGGAUGAGUCAGUGCCAGUGGAAUCAAAUAACACGAGUAAUGAAAAUACACCUCGUGGGAACAAUGAAGUUGAUGUCCCCCUCCCCAAACGCAAGGACAAAAAGAGUUUCUUUAAAGCGUUAAAGAAGAGGUUGUCUCGUAGACAAAGUGACAGUAGUUCACCGUCGACUAGAUAUGAACACACCCUAGAAGGGGCCAACCGCACGAGAAGGGCAGUUUCAGACAUUUCACCAUUUAGCAAUGACCCGAGGUACGGUGAUCCCCCUGUACCUGCCCCGCGGUCGUCGCUGCAAUCUAAAGUGAGUAGUCCCCCAGCCACAGCAACAGUGCCCGAGGAAAGUUUCAGUCGAUCUCCCACUGCCCGUAUCAACGAGGAAACAAAACAAGGGGCAAGACCUUGUGAUAGAACACUUGUACAGUCUGAAACUGACACAGUAGAAACAGACAUUCAGACAGAACCUGCAACUAAUAAUAGUGUAGUAAAAGUAUGUAGUGCUACAGACAGGGAGGCAGUCAUUGGGAAGUGCAAUAGUCAGAGUGACUUGUAUUCAGAUGGUGUUUUUCAUGCCCCCCAGAGUAGUGGUGCUAGUAAUACAGCAAUACAAUCUCCAGUUCGAAGGAAGGAGGCUGGUCACACUCCUGAUGCCUAUGGAGACUUGGUGUCCCCAGUAGAUCCUGUAUAUGAUCAGGUACAGAGCCUGACAGACCAGUGGAGUUUAACGCGAGAACUGUUUCGUCUGUCUCGAUAUGGCUGGUACUGGGGCCCUAUCACGCGCCAAGAGGCAGAGGAAAAACUGGCCGACCAACCAGAUGGUGCUUUCUUGGUGCGGGACAGCUCUGACGAUCGUUACUUGUUGAGUUUGAGCUUCAGAUCGUAUGGAAGGACAUUGCACACGCGGAUUGAGCAUUGCAAUGGAGUUUUCAGUUUCUAUGCUCAGCCCGAAUCUGAAGGAUACAACUCCAUUGUGGAACUGAUUGAAAAUUCCAUGAAUGAUUCACAGACUGGAAUUUUUUGCUACUCUCGCUCAAGAAAUCCAGGUUCUCCAUCUUUUCCAGUUCGUCUUGCCAGGCCGAUAUCUCGAUUCACACAAGUGCGAUCUCUGCAGUACCUGUGCCGUUUUGUCAUCAGACAGGCCACGAGAUUUGAUCACAUUCAAAAACUACCUCUUCCAAACAAAAUUAAGGAGUGGUUGGAAGAAAAACAGUACUGAAUGGUAUUGACAGUGGGGAUUUUAUUUGUUCAAGCUAGUCUUUCUUCUCUUUUUUUUUCAGCCUUGUUACUGUUUUUCAAAAAUCAGAUCAACGAUAAUUUUUCAUAUUGGAAAAUUGAUUUUUGAAAAGAUUUUUAGCUGAAGAAAGUGCAUUUGGGUGAAUAAUUUUAUAUAUGCAAGCUGCAUUAGCAUAAGUAUAGGUAGUGCUAUCACGUUGUUACCAUUUAUAGGUAAAUAUAAUUGAUUCAGAUUUUUUUUUUUUCUGUUCACAAUAACAAAGAAUGCCAAUUGCAGAAAAAUUUAUGCUGCAAAAGUCAACAUACUGCUGAUGGAAUUUUCUUAUGAUAAAAUGGGUUAAUACUUUGGGCUAAUUUUCGCAUCAGCAUUUUAUUUAGAUUUAAUCAAAUUUUAAUACCAGAUUUUUUUUAAAAUUGAGAGCCAAUCAGGAAUGUUGUUGGCAUUUGCUAAAAAUUUUAUUUAUAAAUUAGCACCUUAAAAUUUAACCAGCAGCAAAGUUAGAGACAGAAAAACUAAUAAGAUUGCAUGAAUGUUAACUUAAAUUGUUUUUCAAUCUUGAAUCAGUUUUUAUAAGAAUUGGUAAAAAAGGACACAUGUUAGGGUAUUCUGCAUAUGGGGACCUUCUCUCAGUUAUUGACUGCAUCCUACCUGAACAGAGGUUUGGGGGUUUUGCAUCAAAAAUCACAAUAAAUUUAGCCUCAGCACCCCAAAGCUCAGCUUUACUGUGCCACAUUUUGUUAAUAAAAUUUCUUCCACUAUUAAUAUUAUAAUAUUUUAUCACGUCAAAGACAUCUUUUCACUAAUCUUGCUGUCUAUCCAAUGUGAAGAUGGUUGAUUUCAAGUUUAUGGGAAUUGAUAAGUUUUUGUCCCAUCCUUAAAUAAAGAUCAGACGUAACUGAUCUAUAUUCUGAAAUGCUGUUACAUUUAUUUGCCAGUCCUUCAUUAAUUUCACUAGGAAUCGAUUCAGUUCGGAAAUGGUUAAACUACGAACGUUAAACAUUCUCACAGCUUAACACCUUGAAUUCUAGUCCCACUGAUAUAUAUGCAUUUUGUGUCAAGGAAAGAUGUCAUUAACUAGAGCACUUAAACUUAGGGAUCUAGGCCGGACAUCUUAUUCAGAGUAGCUCGGUAGGAGUUUACAUGUUACUGUGUACACUAAGGAAUGGUCUUUGGACUAGGUUUUCUCUUUAUAUAAGUCCAGAUACAACCUACAUGGUACAUUCCUUACAAUCGAGGGGGAAAAUUAUAACAGUCAAACACCUAGUUUCAAAGUACUGAAAGUGACUCCAUUACAAAGCACAUUUUCUGUCACAUUUUUAGUAUAUUUCAUGUUUAUGUUAACUGAACAAUCGUUGGUUUUGUUACCAAAAGGGAGCACACUGUUAACAUAUUUAUUUUUGCUCAACAUUUUUCCAUGUAUUACUAAAAAAGCACCCUCCAUCUUAAAAUAAACUAUUUUGUGUCACUGUUAUAGAAGAGAGUCACAUUUAGUACUAAGACUGGGUUCCCAUGCCUAGAUCGAUCCAUCUGGAUCGGCCUAACUCUCUGGGGAGUCUCACUAAAUUG